GCGAGAGACGGAGACAGAACUGCUCCCAGGGCCAUGGAAGAGAGCCCGGAGUGGGAACCUGAGGCUUGGGGCUCCUCCGGCGGGCAGCUGGCACCCCGGGGCGCCCGGGCAGGCCCAUCGCUGUCCUCGGUGCUGAAUGAGCUCCCCAGUGCUGCCACCCUUCGGUACCGAGGCCCUGGGGUGCUGCCCUGGGGGGCGCUGGAAGAGGAUGAGGAUGGAGAGAGGAGCAUCCAGGCCUCCAUAGGAGUUACCCAAAGGGAGCUGCAGGAACCUGUCCCUUCCCGGGAACUGCCCUGGCCGAUGCAGGCCCGACGGGCACACAGGCAGUGCCAUGCCCGGGACCAAAUGGCCCAGGGUUCGAGGUCCAGGGUGGCCAAGUGGGCCCUGCUGCUUCGGAGGUCCAAGGAGAAGAUGCGAGAAGGCUUGCACACCUUGGAGCCCUGGGCGUGGACACUGAAGAAGAUCGGAGGCCAGUUUGGCGCGGGCACUGAGUCCUACUUCUUGCUGCUGCGCUUCCUGCUGCUUCUCAACGUGCUGGCUUCGGUGCUGAAGGCCUGCAUGACGCUGCUGCCCACCUGGCUGCCGGACGGGGCUCCCCCGGGUCCCCCUACCCCGGACCCUUCCUCGCCCUGCGGCUCCUACAACCCCCACCCCCAGGGCCUGAUUCCCUUCUCCUCCCAGCUCUUCAACCUGCUCUCAGGAGAGGGUUAUUUGGAAUGGUCCCCUCUCUUCUACGGGUUCUACCCGCCGCGCCAGCACCUGGCCGUCUCCUACCUGUGUUCCACGUUCCUCGUCGGCCUCCUCUCCCUGCUGCUCAUCCUGCGCCGCUCCGUGUCCGGGCUGAAGCAGACGUUGUUGGCCGAGUCUGGGGUCCUGACCAGCUACAGCCACCGGGUGUUCUCUGCCUGGGACUUUGGCCUCUGCGGGGAUGUCCAUGUGCAGCUGCGCCAGCGCCUCAUCCGAUACGAGUUGCAGGUAGAACUGGAGGAGGCAGAGGUGCGGCGCCGGGCUGCCAUGCGGACCCUGGGCCAGCACGCCAGGGUGUGGCUGGUGCGGGUGCUGCUCAACCUGCUGGUGGUCGCGCUCCUGGGGGCAGCGUUCUACGGCGUCUACUGGGCCACCAGCUUCACCGUGAAGUUGCAGGAGUCGUCCCUUAUCCAGCAGAUGCCGCUGCUAAAGCUCGUGGUGGAUUACCUUCCGUCCAUCUUCAUCUUCGGGGUCAACUUGGUGCUGCCGCCAGUGUUCAAGCUCAUUGCCCCUCUGGAGGGCUACACCAGGAGCCGCCAGAUCAUUUUAAUCCUGCUCAGGGCCGUGUUUCUCCGCCUGGCCUCCCUGCUGGUCCUGCUGUUGUCUCUCUGGAGUCAGAUCACUUGCGGGGGCAGUGCAGAGGCUCCGGCGUGCAAGGCCUGUGGCUACAAUUACAAAGAGCUCCCGUGCUGGGAGACUCGGCUGGGGCAGGAAAUGUACAAACUCCUGAUUUUUGAUCUGCUGACUGGCGUGGCCGUCUUGCUGCUCAUCCAGUUCCCUCGGAAGCUGCUCUGUGGUCUCUGUUCCGGGCCGUUGAGUCAUGUGGGGACCCAGGAAUUCGAGGUCCCCAGUGAGGUGCUGGGGCUCAUCUACGCGCAGACAGUGGUCUGGGUGGGGAGCUUUUUCUGCCCUCUACUGCCUCUGCUCAACACCGCCAAACUCCUGCUGCUCUUCUAUUUGAAAAAGCACGCCCUCUUCUCCAUCUGCUCCCCGGCCUCCCGCACCUUUCGGGCCUCCAUGGCGAAUUUCUUUUUCCCCCUGGUCCUUCUCCUGGGUCUGGCCAUCUCCGCCGUUCCCGUGCUUUGGAGCAUCUUCCUGAUCCCGCCUUCUAAGAUGUGUGGUCCAUUCCGGGGGCAGUUGUCUAUCUGGGCCCAGAUUCCUGAGUCUAUUUCCAGCCUCCCUGAGGGCACCCAGAACUUCCUCUUCUUCUUGGGGACCCAAGCUUUUGCUGUGCCCCUUCUGCUAAUUUCCAGCAUCUUGAUGGUAUAUACCGUGGCCCUGGCUAACUCAUAUGGACGCCUCAUCUCUGAGCUCAAAAAGCAGAUAGAGACGGAGGCGCAGAAUAAAGUCUUCCUGGCCCAGCGCGCUGUGGCGCUGAGCUCGGCCAACGGGGUUCUUUGACCUCCCUUGCCUGGCUCAGGGUGACGUCCCACGUUCAGACCCAGAUCUGCUGCAAACCCUUUGUAAGCUUCGGUCACGUCAUCUGUAAAAUGGGGGAACUGCUCUUCCUUCCGGUCCCGGGAUUCCGAAAUUUCCAGGGCUGUGGACCCCUCUGACUGUUCAGUGAACCUCAUUCUUGAAUCAAUAAAC